AUGGCUUAUAUUGAUAUGUUUGCUGACGAUCAAGGCAGGGAAAUCACUUGCCCACCACCCCCUGCCAUCUACAAUGGGAAACACACAGGAAGUUCCUCAGAAGAUGUUCCAUAUGGAACCACGGUCACUUACACAUGUAACCCCGGGCCAGAGAGAGGAGUGGAGUUCAGCCUCAUUGGGAAGAGCACCAUCCGGUGCAUAAGCGAUGAUCGAGAGAGAGGCACCUGGAGUGGCCCUGCUCCUCUCUGUAAACUGUCCCUCCCUCCUAUCCAGUGCUCACAGGCCCAUGUUGCAAAUGGGUACAAGAUAUCUGGCAAGGAAGCCCCGUAUUUCUACAAUGACAGUGUGACAUUCAAGUGUAAUGAUGGAUUUACUUUGAAAGGCAGUAGUCAGAUUUAUUGCAAAGCCAAUAACACCUGGGAUCCUGAAAUACCAGUUUGUGAAGCAGAUUUACAGAUUGCUUUAAAAUAUGUUUCCAUUACAGCUCUGUGUGUGAAACCAGACAUAGUACAUGGAAAACUGUCUGUGGAUAAGAGAGAAUAUGUUGAAUCUGAACGCAUCACCAUCCAUUGUGACUCUGGCUAUGGUGUGCUUGGUCCCCAAAGUAUCAGAUGCUCAGAGAACAGAACCUGGUACCCAGAGGUGCCCAAGUGUGAGUGGACUAUAUAAUAUACUGAUGUUCUACUUCUGGAUGGUCAGCAGAAACGGCCCCUGUCUCCAUGGAGGCCUCUGGCCAUA